CUUACCUUCCCCUUCUUCCUCUUCCCUAUUUGACACGAUAACCCUUCGCUCCUUGCUCUUCGCCUAAAUAUACCACCUAAAAUCCUCCUCUGUCCUUACCAUCGCCUCCGUCAGACAAUGGAGUCUGGACUGCUAGCCUGUCCUUCCCCAGUCUGAUGUGUGCCUGGUCUCUCGUUCCCCGCUCAGCAGCCAAUGCAUGAGGACAACCUUCGCAAUGGGCAAUCUCGGUGACCUGUCACCUCAGGGGAGCGUCGCGGUUGGAGUCGUCGUCGGGUUGAUCUCGACCAGUCUUCAAGCUAUCGGACUGACCCUCCAACGCAAGUCGCAUAUCCUCGAGGACGAGAAACACCCUUACGAUUUACGUCGACCGCCUUACAAACGUCGAAGAUGGCAGCUGGGUAUGCUCAUGUUCGUCGUUGCGAACAUUGUUGGCAGUACUAUACAAAUCACAACCCUUCCGCUCCCGGUACUAUCAACACUCCAAGCAUCCGGUCUCGUCUUCAACACCGUCUUUGCCACUCUGAUCCUCGGUGAAGCGUUUACAAGAUACUCUCUGGUGGGCACACUUUUGGUCUGCAUUGGUGCAUUGCUCAUCGCAAUAUUCGGUGCCCUGGGAGAGCCGGCGCAUAGUCUUGAUCAACUCCUGGAGCUUUUGCAGCGUCGAAACUUCGUACUCUGGAUGGGAGGCACAGCUCUGAUGGUGCUGGCUAUCUACGCAGGGUCCAGACUGCUCGAUUUCCUUACGUCACCGCCGCGGUCCAAGCAUACGGGGUCGCGCGGUUCUUACAGGACACUGCAAAUGUCCCUGGGGCGUGUUCGCCUCAUACGCGGGCUUUCUUUUGGCAUGAUCAGCGGAAUACUAUCCGCGCACACUCUUUUGCUUGCGAAAUCGGCUGUCGAGCUGUUGGUUCGGACUGUCGUGGAUCGCGUCAAUCAAUUCAACCGCUGGCAAUCAUGGGUCAUUCUGCUUGCAAUGAUAGCGCUGGCUCUGUUCCAGCUCUUCUACCUCCAUCGCGGGUUGAAACUGUGCAGUACCAGCAUUCUGUAUCCGUUUGUCUUCUGCAUCUAUAACAUUAUUGCUAUCAUAGAUGGUUUGGUCUAUUUCCAACAAAUGUCCCAGCUGGGAGGCUUCCACGCGGGACUUAUCGCGCUGGGGACGAUUGUUCUCCUGAGCGGAGUGCUCUGUCUGUCCUGGCGCUUAGAGGAUAUCGACAGUCACGCCGCUGUGGCCGUGUCCGGGCCCACGCAAACCGGUUUGGGUCCAGGGUUGGCCGUCCUUGAGGAACUUCCGACAUCACCGAUUGGCCUGGGACUCGACGGCGAGGAGGGAUCGGAGCGGGAGCCACUGUUGCAAACAGCUCACCUUCCUCGCCGCACCCCGCACCAACGGGCACCCAGUCUACCUCUGUUACACGCACCGUUGAGCCAUCGGGACUCGACGACGUCGACAGCGGACGUGGAUCCUGCUUCCAUCUGGGCCGAACUCGAUGAUUCGGACAACGAAUACGCGGCGUUCGCCUUGCGGUCGGGUCAGCGCAAACGCGCCUCGGCUGGGCCCUUCCCAGCACGACCGCGCAGCCGAAGUGGCGCAACGACCCUGCGAGAUAAUCUUCUCCGAGGCCCACGCCGCUCCACCACCAACCCCGUGGGUCAACCAUCUGCCUGGAAUCAGCGCCGCAACCCGUACUCUCUCUUCGACCGUAAACAACGGCGAACAUCGGCUCCCGCCUCGGAAAACCGCCAGCUCCUUCUUCACCGGCAGGGGACCGCCAAUGGCCCGGGUGCCCGGGUCACAGGUUACGGCACGCAAGACGAACGAAGCGACAGCCUCGUUGCCUCCCACCACCGUCGCCAGGGAUCCUUGCACCUCUCACCCGGUGCAGAUAGGGGUGAGGGGGGCGCGCUCCUCGCUGGUCCGAGGAGAGCUCUCCGCCAGGCGUGGGGAAGCGUACGGACCCUCACUCGCUGGACGUCGUCGAAUCGGGGGCGCCAACCGUCCGACCAUGAUCCAGACCUCGAGGCUCACUCGGAUGGCCCCUUCGAGCAGCAAUAGUCAUUCUUUCUCUUCUGAUUCUGCUUCGACCUCUUCCUUCCUUCUUCCUACCUUCCUUUCCCAUAGACCUUUCUACUGGACAGCCAGCAGCACCAUAUAUGUCUCAAACAGUAGACCCCACCCGAGCCUCUCUAUCACUUAAUGUACAACAACAAAUCCAUACAUUCCAUAUAACCUAUUAUACCAAAGUCCAACCAAAUACACAGUUCUAAC